AUGAAUCCCGACAACUACGAUUUGAGUACAUCGGAUGGCUGCAGACGGGCCUUGACUCGAGCCUUGUUCGAUGCCGUUAGUGAAGCCGCGGCGGAGUGCUUGGCACAAAUGCAGCGGAAGGCAGCGACGGAGGCGGCGGCGGUGGCGCAGUUGGCCUACGGCACCACAACGGAUAUGUUCGACGAGUACCUUCACGUCGGGGAGACAACUGGCCGCGAAUGUCUCAAGAAUUUUUGUAAGAUAGUUGUGGAGGCUUUUGGCGACGCAUAUUUGCGACGCCUGACUGCGGAUGAUUGCCAGAGCCUGAUAAGGAUGCACGAGACGGUGCACGACUUCCUUGGGAUGCUAGGGAGCAUAGACUAUAUGCACUGGCAGUGGAAGAACUGUCCGACGGCGUGGAGAGGCCAAUUUACUAGCGGCUACAAGGGCAGCCACCCUUUCUCGCCGGCGCGUCGCCCCAUAUUCGUCGAUCCUCGGCUCCCACUCGCUCGACUACCCUCUUUCUCGAUCAUGCGUAGGGCGGUCUGUCUCGGCGCGAGCGCCGACGGAUCGCUCAUCUCUAUACAAACUCUAACAGAGGGGGCUUUUGGGGUGCUCCGAUCGCGGUGGACAAUCGUGAAAGGUCCGGCGCGUUUCUGGUUCAAGGAAGUCAUCGCCGACGUCAUGUAUGCGUGCAUCAUCAUGCAUAACAUGAUAGUCGAACAAGAAGUUGGACAUGUCACCGAUUGGGUGGAUGAUGAAGCCGGAUCUAGCUCCAGCACGACGACCCCGCCUGUCACUCGAGGAUUACCGCUUGGCUUCGGUGAGGUUCUACAGCAACAGACCUCAAUGCGCAGCCAACAAGAUCAUACUCAACUCAUGACCGACAUGAUUGAAGAAGUUUGGAACCGCAAUCGCCGUUGA